AUGGCUGUUGAUUUGAUGGAUAAUAAAGAAAUAAGAAGGAUCUUGGGAAAAGAAGUGCAAACAAGUCUGUUCGCUAGAGUAUGUUCUUGGUCUAUCAAAGAUAUACUCAACGAAGAUCUCUACAAGGAAAAGAUAAAGACAAUACCAGACAGAUUUAGUUCCGUUGAUGAAUACUUUCAGUGUUUUGUUCCUCACUUACUCGAGGAAACACGAACCGAGUUGUUCUCUAGUUUCAAAUCUCUAUCGAAAGCUCCUGUCUUUCAAAUAGUUUCUUUGGAGACAAGGACGAACGAAUUUAGUGGAAGGUCAUCGAUCAAGUUGUUUCAUGAUAUAACAUUGACGAAUUAUAAUGCAUACGACAAAGGUGAAAAGUACGAGCCUAAGUGUGGAGACAUUAUUGCUCUGAGUCUGACAGAGGAAAGGCCAAGAAUUGAUGACUUGAACCCUUUACUUCUAGGCUACGUAUUCUCUGUUUAUGGUGAUUUAAAAUUCUCUGUUCACUUCUCUAGAUCUAUAUCUAAGAAUGAGAAACAUUUGUUUCGUUCUGGCGUUUUUCUCAUGACUCUGACCACAAACACUCGGAUUUGGAAUGCUUUGCACAACGAAGCUGCUGAUUCCACUCUAAUCGAGAGUGUGCUUCAAGAAAAUGCUUUGGCUACUGAACAAUGCUUUUCUUGUGAGAAUGACGUUGAUGGUUCUGACCUUGACCGGGUUUUGGAUAUCAUCCGCUCAGCAAAACUUAACUCCUCCCAAGAAGCUGCAAUUUUGGGCUGCCUUAAGACAAGGAAUUGUAAUCACAAGAAGAGUGUGAAACUGAUAUGGGGACCUCCUGGUACUGGCAAAACAAAGACGGUCGCGACUCUUCUCUCUGUUCUUCUCAAACUAAAGUGCAAAACAGUUGUAUGUGCUCCUACAAACACAGCUAUUGUAGCAGUUGUCUCGAGGCUAUUGGCUUUAUCUAAAACUUCUACGUUAGAACGUACCACUUACGGUAUGGGGAAUAUAGUUCUUUCUGGAAACGGCGAAAGAAUGGGGAUAAAGAAGAAUAAAGCUCUUCUCAAUGUGUUUUUUAAAGAUCGCGUCAGUAAACUUGGUAAAUUGUUUUCAUCAUCUUGUGGAUGGAAGAAGAGGUUGGAGUCAAUCAUUGAUUUUCUUGAGAACACAGAAGCUAAGUACGAGCAACAUGUACAUGAAUUAGAACUUGAAAAGAUGAUAGAAGAGGAAAAGAAGAAGAAGAAGAAGAAGAAGAAGAAGCAAGAAGUUGUAAACAUUCCUACAUUUGGAGAGUUUGUGAAGAAAAACUUUAAUGGCUUAAGAGAGGAAUUAGAGUUUGAUAUGGUUAACUUGAGCACUCAUCUGCCUAAGUCUUUCAUUUCAUCUAGAGAUGUGAAGAACAUGAUAGCAGCCCGCCAAGCUCUUCACCGUGUUAGAUAUUUCUUGCAAGAGAAUUCUUCUAGAGAUGAUUUCAAGAAAGGUGGUUUCAGGUACAAUUGCUUCAACAGACUCAUCAGUGUUGAUGCUCUUGGGUUUCUAUGUCUACUUCCAAAUUGUUUUGGGAUUCCUAGCCUAGGAAAUUUUGAAGAUAUCAGGAAAUUUUGUCUACAAAAUGCAGACAUAAUCUUCUGUACAGCCUCAGGUGCUGCCAAUAUGAAUCCGGCGAGAAUAGGCUCUGUCGACCUUCUUGUAAUCGAUGAGGCAGCUCAGCUUAAAGAAUGUGAAUCAGUUGCUGCAUUGCAGCUUCCUGGUCUUCGACAUGCGCUCCUAAUAGGAGAUGAGUAUCAGUUGCCUGCAAUGGUUCAUAACGAUGAAUGCGAGAAGGCGAAACUCGGAAGAAGCUUGUUUGAGAGAUUGGUUCUGAUUGGUCAUAACAAACAUUUGCUUAAUGUCCAAUAUCGAAUGCAUCCUUCGAUUAGUCGUUUCCCUAAUAAGGAGUUUUACGAUGGGAGAAUCACAGAUGCAUCGUUUGUUCAAGAAAGCAAUUACGAAAAGCGGUUUCUUCAAGGUAACAUGUUUGGUUCUUUCUCUUUUAUCAAUGUUGGACGUGGAAAAGAAGAGUUUGGUGAUGGACAUAGUCCCAAGAACAUUGUUGAAGUUGCUGUCAUUUCCGAAAUCAUAUCAAAUCUUUUCAAAGUUUCAAGUCAAAGAAGGCAGAAGAUGAGUGUUGGAGUUAUUUCACCUUACAAAGGACAAGUGACAGCAAUCCAAGAUAGAAUUGGUGAUAAGUAUGGUUCCUUACCAGAUCAGCUUUUCACUUUGAAUGUUCAAUCGGUAGAUGGGUUUCAAGGAGGAGAAGAAGAUGUCAUCAUCAUCUCUACCGUUAGAAGUAACGUUAAAGGGAACGUGGGAUUUCUCAAUAAUCGUCAAAGAGCCAAUGUGGCACUUACUCGAGCGAGACAUUGUUUAUGGGUGAUUGGUAACGAGAUGACUUUGGCUCUUAGUGGUUCGAUUUGGACAAAACUGAUAAGUGAGUCGAGAACACGUGGAUGCUUCUUCAAUGCUGCUGAUGAUAAGAAUCUAAGUGAUGCCAUGAGUGAUGCUUUGCUCGAUGAUGUGUCUUCUAGUUUUCAAUCUUUUUCUAUUAGGAAUGGCUAUGGGAGAAGAGAUGGUUGGUAG